GCGAUAAGAGGGCGGGGACGCAGGUGACAGAACCCGGAAGUAUCUUGUAACUUUAGAGAUUGGGUUCUUGCUGAAUUUUAGAAGCCCUGAAAGCGCAAUGGACGAUACACUUUUUCAGUUGAAGUUCACAUCAAAACAGCUGGAGAAAUUGGCGAAGAAGGCAGAAAAGGAUUCCAACACAGAGCAAGCCAAAGUGAAAAAGGCAUUGCAGCAAAAAAAUGUUGAAGUUGCCCGAGUGUAUGCAGAAAAUGCCAUCAGGAAAAAGAAUGAAGGUCUGAACUGGCUGCGAAUGGCUUCACGGGUAGAUGCAGUUGCAUCCAAGGUCCAGACUGCAGUAACCAUGAAGGGGGUGACAAAGAAUAUGGCUCAGGUCACCAAGGCACUGGACAAAGCUUUGAGUUCUAUGGACUUGCAGAAAGUGUCCGCUGUCAUGGAUAAAUUUGAUCAGCAGGUUCAGAACCUGGAUGUGCACACAUCGGUAAUGGAGGACUCCAUGAGUUCAGCAAUGACACUGACCACCCCUCAAGAACAGGUAGACAACCUCAUUGUACAGAUUGCAGAGGAGAAUGGGCUGGAGGUGAUGGAUCAGCUGAAUCAGCUGCCCCAAGGAGCUUCAUCAGUGGGUGAAAGCUCUACCCGCACCCCGGAGGACCAGUUGUCCCGCAGGUUGGCUGCUCUAAGGAACUGAAGUCUCAUGGAAUCUUUUUCCUGUCUGAAAGUCAGUUGUUUUGGGUACACUGGGGUCACCUUAUCACGCUGAGGCCUUUGCCAGACAUAAUAAGAGGAUAAGGAUGCCGGGAACCCAGCUUUUGCUGCUGCUGUCCAGUUUCUCCAUUAAGUUUAAGGGUGACCUAUUCUGUAAUUGAUAUAGUCCUAAUGGACACAAGUGCGGGGAUUAACAUUUUAUGUGUGUGGCCAAGUCAUCCUUCCUAACAAUGAAUUCAUUUUUAAAGUUUCAUUGCACUUGCUGGCAUCAAAGCAGAGCUAUUUCAUGCACUCUCAGUAAGGUUUUAACUACUUGACAAAGGGUGAGAAAAGGCCUUGAUCAUUCAAAUCAUUGAUGUAGAACAUUAGGCCAAUCCUAUGAAAUAGUCACAACUGUUUGUCAGAAAAGUGUAGAGACCGCAGAUGAAAUGCUUUUUCUAGUUCUGUAGAUUUUCUGUGAAUAAUACUUGUGUUCUUCCUUAAUAAAUGCUAUAAGAACCAAUGUCCUCCACGUUCUCCAAAAAUCCGCUUUGUCUGACUACUCUUUUAAAGCACCUGAUUUUAUUGGGUUUUUUUUCCGUUUGUUUGUUUUUCUUUGUUGCUUGCCUCUAGUAUUUUGUAUUUAAUGUUUUCCUAUCCGCUUGGGAAGAGAGUUUUAUUGCACCCCCCCCCCCCCGCUAUUGAAUGGCACCCUUUAUUCUGCAAAGCCUGUUUUUGUGUCCCAGCCAAAUUCCAAAGCAGAAAAUAUGUGCUAUUUGUCCACAAAAGAACAAACAGAUUUUUCUAUA